CUCGUGGCUCGGAUACGUACCAUCAUUUCACUUCUAAUCAUCCUCAUUCCUCACAUCGUGGCGCUUCCAUUCCUCUCCCCCAUCACCCGGCCGAUCAAAAAAUGGUCGGCCGAUAUCGUCCCUCUUGAAUCGCUCAUACCUCCCGAUCCUCCUACACCUAAGCAAAAGGAAGAACUGGAAAAAUCAAGAUGGUCACUAUGGAGACAAAUGGUUCUGGUUGGACUGGCAGCGAUAGGGAUGAGCGUAUGGACUGGGGUGUUGGGCAAGGAUAUCCUCGAUGUGACACAAGGAGAGGCUCGUGCGGAGACUUUAGUACUUGCUAUUGGAAUGGUCGUCGUUUGGAUGUAUCUGUUUGCGAGACCGUUAUUCCGACCGCCAACAACCCCACCAUGGCCUUUAUUGACGACUUAUGCUUUACUAUGGACCAUGUCUAUCGUGACCCUUUGUCUCGCUUGGUAUACCAAAGCUUUGACUGGUCACUCCGCUCCAUGGGCUACGAAGGGGAGGAUCAUCUUGGAAGUUGGAAACCUUUUACUCACUUCCGUCUUGGUGUACGUCGUAGGAGGUCUUCGUCUUGCUACACCAGAAGCAAUUGCCCUUUUGCCAUACUCUGCGCCAGACGAUCUUGUCACUCUUUCUUCAUGGCUUUCCUUCAGAUGGGUCAAUUCAUUCAUAGCGCUUGGCUCCUCUCGCGAGCUUCAACCUGAGGACGUUCCAAAGCUAUCACUCCGAAUUCAAACCGCCAUCUGUUUCGAACGGUUCAGAGAGAUCAAAGCGAGCUCCCUCUUGUGGCAGGUUCUAAAAGCGAACAAACUCGACAUGGCAGUCGACUGUCUCUUGACCAUUGUCAGUGUCGUGAUGAACUAUGCAGCUCCAUUCUUUCUCAAACGUAUCCUAGACGGAUUGCCUCAGGGUGCCACCAGAGCUCUGCCACAAGCUUAUGUCUACACAUUCCUUGCGCUCAUGGCCACUGUUCUCAAGGCUGUGUCCGAUCUACUUCACUUGUGGCAUUCUCGCCGUGCCACAACACGCAUCAAAGCGGAACUCAUUGCGGCUAUUUAUGAUAAAGCCCUCAAACGUCGAGAUGCCUCUGGCGUGAUCAGUGCCAAAGAUGAAGAUGACGCGGCAGGGCCAAGUGCGGGUGCGCCGGGAGAUAAGAAGCCUGAGACGAAGAAGAGUAAUGCCGAGUCAGGCAAGGUUGUCAAUCUCAUGGCGGGUGAUGCUAAUCGGAUUGCCAACAUGGUCUCUGGAGCAUACUGGCUUUACAGUAACCCCUUUGAGAUUAUCAUUGCCGCCAGCUUCCUCUUCAACCUGCUGGGCUGGUCGGCAUUUGCUGGUAUUAUCGUCUUAGCCAUCGCAGCUCCACUCAACACACUUGUUUCGAAACGCAGCAUCGCUAUCACUAAAGACUUACUCAAAGCUCGGGAUAAGAGGAUAACGGUGAUGAAUGAACUCAUCGGCGCUAUCCAGUUCAUCAAGUUCUUUGCCUGGACUGAACAGUGGAAAGGCAGAGCAGCGGAUGCUCGUAACAAAGAGCUCAAGCAGCUGAUCCGAUCUUCGAUAAACAGCGUCAUCUUUUCCCUGCUUUGGUCUCUGGUUCCCAUUCUCGUGACCUUGCUCUCAUUCUUCUGUUACAUCGUCAUUGAGAAAAGAGAACUCACUGUGUCAGUUGCGUUCACUUCCGUGUCCUUGUUUACUAUGUUGCGAAUGCCUCUGAAUAUCUUACCAACUUUUAUCGUCAUGAUCCUCAACGCCAUGGUUUCAGUCAAACGUAUUGACGACUUUCUCCAAGAGGAUGAAGUUCCUGACUGGGUCUCUUCAAUCAAGCGCAAAGACGAUGGUCAUUCUCUUCCACCCAAGAUCGGAUUUGAGAACGCUACGCUUCGUUGGAACAGUGGCGUCUCAUCUUCCGAAGCUCCAGUCGGACCUCCAAAGCCUACGGUCGCACAGACUUCCCCUGCUCAACCUCCCAGUCCUUCCAUCUCGGAUGGGACAACUGCCGUCUCCCCAGAUGCUCCCGAGCCUGUGUUUACCUUGGCCGAUUUGAACGUGGACUUCCCCAUUGGUAAGUUGACAAUCGUUACUGGUCCUACAGGUUCUGGUAAAACAGCUGUGCUUAUUGGCCUUUUGGGAGAAAUGGAGUUGGCGGAGGGGAGGAGCUGGUUACCGAAAUAUCCUACGCAAGUAGACUCGAAAACGGGGCUGAGAAACUCUGUGGCGUACGCGGCUCAGACACCAUGGUUGCAGCAGAAAUCGAUAAAAGAUAACAUCUUGUUUGGAGAAGAACUUGAUCAGGUGAGAUACGAGGCGACUCUUGAUGCUUGCGCUCUAUUGCCUGACUUGGAGGUAUUAGAGGAUGGCGACGCGACUGAGAUCGGAGCCAAGGGUGUUUCAUUAAGUGGAGGGCAGAAGGCCAGAGUGGCGCUCGCUCGUGCAGUAUACUCGUACACCCAACAUCUCCUCAUCGACGAUCCUCUCGCAGCUGUCGACUCUCACACCGCUCGUCACCUCACAGACAAGUGCCUCAGCGGACCUCUGCUCAAAGGUCGAACCGUCAUCAUUGUAUCUCACCAUGUGGAGCUUCUUUUGCCCACUGCCGACUACAUUAUCCGUAUGCUUGACGGACGUAUCGACGUCCAGGGUACUCCUGCAGACCUCAAAGCCGCGGGGGACCUCAAUGGUCUCAUUGCCUUAGAGCAAGCGGAAGCCACCAAAGAAGAACCCGUCACUACCGACGAGACCGUCGAGAAGGAGAUCGAGGUCGUCGAAGGUGAUGAACCGAGGAAGGCGGUGAAAACCAAAGGUCCGGGAAAGAAGUUGGUACAAGACGAAGAAAGGGCUAUAGGGAAUGUCAAAUGGGAGACGUACAAGCUUUACAUUACAGCAGCAACGUAUCAUACCUGGUUUUGGAUAGCGGUCUUGCUCUUCAUCAGUCAGUUCACCGAGAUUGGAGAAAGGUUCUGGCUCAAAGUCUGGGGUGAAGCGUAUACCACAUCUUUCAAAAGUGUUGUCGGAGUGUUGAGACCUUGGUCGAUUCAUACCACCCCGGAGUAUCACCAUUCCGACAUUCAUCAACACUUUCUUCAUCACUCCGUGCUUCCCUCUUCCAAUGACACAGUCAGCGUGCUGGCCUCCAUCCCGGCUGACACAAUCAGACCAUCGGCCGUCACUCACCCAAGCUUCUACCUCACUAUAUAUGCCGCAAUCGUAUUGGGAGAUGCUCUGAUCAAUGUCGUGUCUUCAGGAGUGGGAGCUUGGUCGUCGUAUCGUGCUGCCAAGAACCUGCAUAAUCGUCUUCUUGACUCUGUGCUUCGUGGCACCAUUCGUUUUUUCACUACCACUCCAGUCGGGCGUAUCGUCAAUAGGUUCUCCAAGGAUAUUGAAACCAUCGAUUCAUCUCUCAAUUCUGGAUUGAGAACGGUCAUCAUCUACAUAGCCAGCUUGUUUGGAGCUAUCGGAGUGGUAGCUGUGAUUGUCCCGUGGUUCCUGUUGCCGGCUGCUGUCAUCAGCUAUUUGUAUUGGCAUUAUGCGGUACAAUAUUUGCGAGUGGGUAGAAGCUUGAGGAGACUCGAGGCGACUUCUCGCUCUCCCAUCUUCUCUGGUUUUGCGGAACUUCUUGACGGUGUGGUGUCCGUCCGAGCAUUCUCGGUCGAAAGGCGAUUCAUGAAGACUCUCUGUCAGCAAGUGGAUGAAACCAACGCGGCCUUCUACUAUGUGUGGAUGGUGAAUAGAUGGCUGCUACUCCGCUUUGAUCUCCUCGGCGCUUUAUCAGUCUUCUUUACUACCCUAUUUGCCUUGUCCGGUGCGGUCCCGGCCGGUUCAGCAGGUAUGGCAAUUCUCUCCGCUCAAGGAUUCGUCUCCGCCUGCUAUUGGGUCUCUCGAUUCUGGGGGCAGCUGGAGAUGGACUUCAACUCCGUCGAACGUGUGCAAGAAUAUCUUCAUCUUCCACAGGAACCUCCUUCCGUCAUUCCCUCUCAUCGUCCUCCCGCGUACUGGCCUUCAUCCGAUAGCGGCAAGAACUUCCUGGUCGCUGAAGAUGUUGAGAUCAAAUACGCACCAGAUCUGCCCACUGUAUUCAAAGGAAGCUUCACUAUCGCUGCUGGCGAAAAGAUUGGUCUCAUUGGUCGAACUGGCAGCGGAAAGAGUACACUGGCUAUGAGCAUGCUCCGAUUUACCGAACCUCAUUCCGGUCGGAUCAUCCUGGACGGUAUCGAUAUCACCAGUAUCGGAGUUGAUGACUUGCGCUCAAGGAUCACUUAUAUCCCUCAGGACGCUGUCCUAUUCUCAGGUACAGUGAGGGACAAUUUGGAUCCGUUCAAUGAACAUACGGACGAGGAAUUACAAGAUGCGUUGAGAAGAGUGAACGUGGGAGGUCCGAGUACCCCUAUCGAAUCGGCAGCGCCAAGUAGGAAGCCAUCGGCUCGACGAUUAAAUGAGUUGGUUGUAGAUGGUAGUGAAGGUGAUGAUUUGCAUAGGACGUCGUCGAGAGCGGGAUCCAGUGUGACUGGGACAGGAGGAAAGGCGGGGAUCACCCUAGGCAUGGAAGUGUCGUCGGGAGGAAGUAAUUUCAGUCAAGGACAGAGACAAUUGAUAGCCAUGGCAAGAGCGUUGCUGAGGAGGUCUAGCUUGAUUAUCAUGGACGAAGCUACGGCUUCUGUCGACUUUGAAACAGAUGAGGCAAUCCAAGCUGCCAUCCGAACAGAGUUCAAAGAUUCCACUUUGCUUACGAUCGCUCAUCGGCUGUCGACUGUUAUUGAUUAUGACCGUGUGUUGAUCUUGUCGGGAGGGAAAGUUGAGGAGUUUGCUCGCCCGAUAGAACUGCUGCGUAAAAGCGAUUCAUUGUUCAAAUACCUAUGCGAACAGUCUGGUCAAUACAAGGAGUUGUACCAAGCGGCAGAGAAGAAGGCAUAGAGGGAGAAGGGAGAGGAGAAUGGUCAUUCCUUGCAAGUUUGAUAUGAACAUACGACAUCCCUGAUCAGCUGUAUUCAAGGACCGCAUAUUCCCUCCGCGCGUAUCAUACCUUGCAUCUAUUUAGAUACCAUGUUGUGC